CCAUUUUUGAAUUUAUAAUUUCAUUAUAAGCAUACAUUUUAUUGACAUUCAUAUUUGGUCCAACCAUUGGCAACAUUUACAAGAUGUUUAUGAAACAAAUCACAGAGAUUAAAGUAGCUUUAUCACCUUUCAACGCUGCUUCUAAGUCAACAAGGCUGUUCUUGACUCACGUGCAUACAAAUAAUACUCGUAAAAUAAACCCAACAUUGAAGAUUGCGACCGAUGUAUUAGCAGAUCCUAAAGCACCAUCUCAACUUAAAGUGACUUACCGCGAUGGGCAGAAAGUGGCUUUAGAACCGGAUAACCUUACAAUCAACAAUAUUUUGCAAAUUGUAAAUAAGCAUGCUAAGAAGUUGGAAGAUAUCGAACAAGCCAAUAAUUGGUAGUGGACUGAUCCAUUAGAUAUAUACAUAUAUGUAUACACAUUAUACCAUACUUAUAAUGAAUGAGAAACAUCAAGAAAUAGAAAAAUAUGAGAAAUUGUUUGUACAUAAAUUGUUUGCUGAAUAUACUGCGUCGACAACUUUAAUCUUACGCGUGCUUCGACAGUACUUAUUGUAUGAAUGAUGUCGGCCUGUAUAUCUCAUGUGUAUUGUUGGAUAUGGAUGGUUCUCCACCUGAAAAAAUGACGGCAUGGUGAAAAACGGUCAUUUUUGUAUAUUGAUAUUGCUACCAUAGAAUCAUGAUCUCUUUUUCUUAUGCCAUACUCAAAGAAGUUCAACUAUGACAUCAGCUGUUGAACUGAUUAUUAUACUUUGAUUGAAUUGCAAACAUGCAAUCGAUAACCUGUCAGCGAUAAAGUGCAGAAAAACAAGGUGUAACAACACAUGCAUUGCAGAAGCGUGUCAAAGAUAGCAUUAUGCAUACUGCUUUAGCG